AUGACCUUUGAUCUAAAUACUAUUUCUAACAAUAAGACUGUUCAAGAGUACAUUAAAGCUGGCCAAUCAGAUCUUUUUGAAAAUUUUGACUUUUUAACCGGUUCACAAAAAAUUGAAUUACUUAACAAUUUAUCUAAAGUUGAUCCAUCCAAAAUCGUCUCCAUCUGUUCUAACACACUUGAACUAAGUCGUAGUAGUAAUACAAACCAAGAUAUUAUCGAACCAUUACCACCAAAAUCAUAUAAAUCAAUUAUUGGUAAUAAGCUUUUAGAAACCAAGUAUUACAGUAUUGGUUUGGAUGCAAUUAAAAAUGGUAAAGUUGCCGUUAUUUUAAUGGCCGGAGGUCAAGGAAGUAGGUUGGGUUCUAAUGAACCCAAAGGCUGUUACGAUAUUAAUUUACCAUCUCACAAAUCAUUGUUUCAAAUACAAGCUGAAAAAUUAAAAACUAUUGAAAAAUUAAGUGAAACUAAAGUGCCAAUUCCAUGGUACAUCAUGACUUCAAAGCCAACUCGUAAAGAUACUGAAUUAUUCUUUUUUAAAAAUAAUUUUUUCGGGUUAAAGCAGUCACAAGUUCAUUUUUUUAAUCAAGGCACAUUACCAGCCCUAAAUCUAACUGGCGAUAAGCUUUUGUUAGAUUCACCAACUUCUUUGGUAGAAUCUCCCGAUGGUAACGGUGGGAUAUAUCGUGCUAUUCAAGAAAAUCAUCUAUUAGAUGAUCUAAUCAGUAAGGGAAUUCAGCAUGUUCAUAUGUAUUGUGUUGAUAAUGUUUUAGUUAAAAUUGCUGAUCCAGUAUUUAUUGGUUUUGCUAUUGAAAAUAAUUUUAAAUUGGCUACCAAGGCUGUUCGUAAAAGAGAUGCACAUGAGUCAGUUGGCUUGAUCGUUUCUAAAAAUGGGAAACCAUCCGUUAUUGAAUAUUCUGAAAUUUCCAAAGAAUUAAAUGAAGCUAUCAAUCCUGAUGAUGGGUUAUUAAAAUUGCGUAGCGCUAAUAUCGUCAAUCAUUAUUAUAACGUUGAUCUAUUGAAGGAAAAAUUAGAUUCAUGGGUUGAACGUAUGCCUUAUCAUAUAGCUAAAAAGAAAAUCCCAUAUUACGAACCAAAAACUCAAAGUUACGUUAAGCCCAAAGAAACACCGAAUGGAAUCAAACUAGAACAGUUUAUUUUUGAUGUUUUUGAUACUGUUAAUAUGGACCAAUUUGGGUGUCUAGAAGUUGAAAGAAGUAAGGAGUUUUCUCCUUUGAAAAACGCUCCUGGGUCCAAAAAUGAUAAUCCAGAAACUGCUCGUUUGGCUUUUCUAAAGUUGGGUACCUCUUGGUUAAAAGAUGUUGGAUGUGAAAUAAAAGAGGAUGGAAAUGUUCUAGUUGAGGUUUCAAGUCUGAAGAGUUAUUCUGGUGAAAAUCUAAAUGAAUAUAAGGGCAAGACUAUUAUUGAAAAUGGAACAAUUAUAGAGUAA